AUGGCUACCGUGGACGAGCAGCUCUUUCUCUUCGGAGAAGUGCUCGAGCCCGAGCCUUUGACCGGAUUCAUUGCCGUCCUCGAGUACGCAGACCUCAUGCUGACUGGAUCUCUUGCCUUUGCCCUCAUCGUCAUCUCCACUAUUAUUGCUGCCUACUGGGAGGACCUUGCCUCAGCGGUCUUCAAGGGAGCAAAGCAGCUCAUCUGGGCCAUUGGCGUCUUGGUUACAGGAAUGGCCUGGCUCUCGAAGCACCUCCUCAACAUCCACUCCUUCGCAGAGCUUAACAAUAUGCUCUGUGAAGCUAUGGCGCUGACUACCAUGCACUUCCUUCAGAGCCAACCAGGUCGUUUGGUGUCUUCUGUCUCUCACUGGUACUUUCCGUGGAACCGUCCUGAACUGGCCAUCAUUCGCGUUGGCUGUACGUUCAUCGGCUAUGUUGGAUUGGACGCUCUGAUAAUUCCCUCAUUGGCCAUACGUCUUGUCAUGAUGCGGAAUGAGCUACUCGACAGAAUCUCGGAAUGCAAGGCAUAUCACAACAAGUUGACGGACAUCCAUCACACCGAAGCCAUUGUUGUGGGCGUCACUUUGUUUUCCAUCUUCUUCCUUGCCUUCUAUCUGUACGAGACUCUACCAUACCUCCUGAAUUUCUAUAAGCUAUCUAUAGCCAUAACGGAAGUGCAACCCCACGAGGCCCCGGCCAAACUACCCGACCCAGCAACUACCGUCUCCGAGAACGAACCAGAUUCUGAACUGCAAGCAACAAUCAAGAACUACCAAGGCCUACUUGCAAAAGAACGCGAUGCAACAGCCGUAGCCGAAAAGCGCGUCAAGGCGAACUGGGACAGAUACACGAAGACACGGUUUCGCGAAUUGAAACGGGAGGACGAUAUAUCUCAUCUGAACGCGGAAAACCAAAAACUCCGCAAAGCUUGUUCAGACAAAGAUCUUCAGAUACAAGAGUUCCGGGAAGUCAAGAUUCGCGUCGUCCAACUUGAAGAAGAGCAACUCCGCAACAGCCUCCAGGCGGCAAACAAUAAUGUCACAAUCGGAACUGUCCAGGAUGAUCCGAAAGAGAUCUGGGUUCAACAGGCUCUUGAAGAGAAGAUCGCAAAGCUCGAAGAAGAACUGAAUACGAAGGGAAAGAUGGAGAAAGACCUUAAGCAGCGUCUUUCUCGUUGCGAGGACGACCUUUCUCAACGUGUAGACCAACUUACAGAACGCGAAAAACUGCUUUUGAAACGUGAAUCUGAGCAUAGAGAGCAAUUGAAUAAGCGGUCCCUGAGGGAAUCAGCCCUUCAUGAGCAGCUCAAUGGAUUGGAGAACAAGGGGAAUGACCUCAAGCAGCAAAUUUCACAAAUCGAAGCCCAACAUAAGCAGGAACUGGACAAGCAGCAUCAGCUGAACAAACUCCUCCAGAAGGAGAAGAAGACCGCAGAGAAUGAACUCAAGAAGCAACUUUCGGAAUUGAAUCAGCAGGUGCAAUUAGGGAGAGACCUCCGUGAACAGCUUACUGAAUGGGAGCGGAAGAAUGAGCAAUGGCUUGAAGAUCAGGCCGCUCUGCAACAGGAACGUCAGCAACAUGACGAAUUGAAGAAGCAGACUCGGCAAUUGCACGAAGAGCUGCAACAGAAAUGUCAUCAUCUUAGUGCAUUGGGGAAGCAGUCUCAACAAUGGGAUCAGAAGCGUAUCGGUAUGCAAGAGGAGCUCAACGGCAUCCGAGACCGGGCUCAAGAAGAGCUCAAUCGUGUCCAAGGCCAACUGCAAGACGUCCAAAGCCAACUACAAUGUGCAAACACAGAAGGCCGCCGUUUGGAGGAAGAGCAUACUCGUCAUGAAGCACAAAUCCAGGAAGCCACCAGGGUAAUGACCGAGGCAAACCACGAGAUCAAAACCCUCGGUGAGCAAAUUAUGCGCCUGCAAGGAGAAGUCUUUGCUACCAGGGAUGAGCUCAAAGAAAAGGAGAAGGAGGUCGAGCAACAGCUCCACAAAAUUCAAGGCUUGGAGUUGGAGCUCGAGAUGGCUCGAGGCGCGUCGGACAAAGCAGGCCAGGUUCAACUAUUCCAACCCAACAUUCUGAUGCAACCUACGGCCACGAUGCCUUUUGACGAAAACCGUCCGCUGCUCGCUCAAGUGCAACCAACCGGUAUCGAUCUAGACCUCCAAGGAAAACUAGAGAGCAAAAAUGCGGAAAAUACCUUACUCCAACAGAAAGUCGAAGCUACUGAGCUCCAGUUGGGUCGUGUGCGAAAACAGCUGGCAGACUCCGAGCGAGCAAAGUCCAUGGCAAUAAGCAACUUGGGUCAACAGGAUAGACGCUUUCGUGAGUUACAACAAGCCCAGAAAGACGCCCAGAACCGACAAGAUUUGGCACUGCCGCACGACGACCAGAAGAUUCACCAGAAGAAGAACCCGGGAAAUGGAUCCCUCGGCACACAGCUCGCAGACUGUCAAAUCACCAUAACAAACCAACAGUAUGAAAUCAACUCCCUCCGAAACAAACUCAACGAAGCUACGAGCCAGCCCGGAGCUGUUGACGCGCACGAGACGGGCGUGGUUCAGCAGUACAAGGAACAAGCGGAGAAAUUAGAACGAGCUCUAAAGGUGGAACAGGUCCAGUCUGCGUCAAGAGUCCAGAAUCUUUUCAAGGAGAACCAAGAUCUUAAGAAUCAAUUGGCGGCUAUGAAAAAGCCUGUUGCGGCACCCCCUCGUCGUGAAUUCAACAAGACCGACCCGUUCCAUAAAAAGUAG